UCCUGAAAACAGUAAGAGAAAAAUUACUCAUGUAUAAGAGAACCUUAAUAAGAUUAACACUGAACUCCUCUUCAGAAACGAUGAAAGCAGAAAGCAAUGGGAUGACAUGUUUAAAGUGCUGAAAGAAAAACCUCAACUAAGAAUCCUAUAAACAGCAAAACCCAACUUAAAAGUGGAAAGAGGAUCCAAAUAGACAGUUCUGUAAAGGAGAUAUACAGAUGGCUGACAAGCACAUGCAGAGAUGCUCAACAUCAUUGACUAGCAGUGAAAUAUGCCUUUGGUGCUUCAUGAAGAAUAUUUCUAGAUAUAUCACAGACAUUAAGCCUUUGCCACCCAACAUAAAAGAUAGACUCAUCAAAAUUAUGAGCGUGCAGGGGCAGAUAACAGAUUCAAACAUAAGUGAGAUUUUACAUCCUGAAGUCCAAACUCUAGAUCUACGAAGCUGUGAUAUUUCAGAUACUGCUCUCCUGCACCUAUGUAACUGCAGAAAACUGAAGAAAUUAAAUUUAAAUUCCUCAAAAGAAAACCGAAUUUCCAUAACUUCAAAAGGAAUAAAAGCUGUGGCUUCAUCUUGCUCUUACCUGCAUGAAGCUUCUUUGAAAAGAUGCUGCAAUCUCACUGAUGAAGGAGUCCUUGCUCUUGCACUCAAUUGCCGGCUGUUAAAGAUCAUUGAUUUAGGAGGCUGCUUAGGUAUUACUGAUGUGUCCUUGCAGGCAUUAGGAGAAAACUGCGCAUUUUUGCAGUGUGUUGAUUUUUCAGCUACUCAGGUAUCUGACCAUGGUGUGGUUGCGCUUGUUAGUGGACCUUGUGCCAAGAAAUUAGAGGCAUCCAGAAUAUACUAUGGCAUAAAGAUUAUUUUGAGGUGAAGAUGUCUAAGAAACAACAGAAGUUAAAAAAAAAGACUUCGUCUGAACCGCCUCCCACCCCCACUAUCUGUCUAAAAGCAGACACUUCCAAAGAAUUCAAAUGCCUCUAAUCGUUUUUAAGGAAGAUUUCCAGAUGAGAAAUCGCAUUAAACAGACAUUGUCACAAGAUUAUCAUAACUCCCAUCUAUUUUCCUAAAGGUCCAUUUUGUCUUCCCUAAAAGUCAUUUGUAUGACUGUUAAGUAUCCUUUCUCCCCCUCCUCUUCCCCUAUUAAGAUGGUAUUUA